ACUAAGAGACGCGAGGGUCGCGAAGGCCACAACACUUGGCCUCUCGCUGGCCCUGCCCGCGGAUCCCGAGUAGAGAACGCAAGCACCCACGCCCGCCUGCAAGCUCCCGGGCGUCCCCGGCCUCUCCUGCUCGGCGGAACGAGGAUAACCCAGUAGAGCCGGACCCAGGGAUAUUAUUGAUAAUAAGGCCUCUGUAACCAUGGCUAGUUCUGACAUAAAACCAAAAUCAGUAAGUCGUGCCAAAAAAUGGUCAGAAGAGAUAGAAAAUCUGUACAGAUUUCAACAAGCAGGAUAUCGGGAUGAAACCGAAUAUAGACAAGUGAAACAAGUUUCUGUGGUAGAUCAUUGGCCGGAGACAGGAUAUGUGAAGAAACUUCAGAGAAGGGACAAUACCUUCUAUUACUACAACAAACAGAGGGAAUGUGAUGACAAGGAAGUCCACAAAGUGAAAAUUUAUGCUUACUAGCCUGUCUUCUUUGUAUUACUUGUCAAUUAUAUUUUAAGAAUUCAUCAUUUCCUUCUA